CGGCGAUCACGCAGCCCAAGCUGGAAGCGCGGCGCGGGCGGCGCGGCGAUGCUGGCGGGCCGGGCCCCGCUGGGCGCCGCUUGCUGCGGCCGCCUCUUGGCAGCGGGGCUGCGGCCGCUGCUCUGUGGGCUGUCGCCGUGCUGGGUGACGGUGGGGCGGCAGUACCCGGCCGUGGGGGUAGGGGAGCCGGAGAAGGCGAAGCGGGUGGUGCGUAAGGAGCAGCGGAGCAGCCUCGUGGUCCGCCGCUUCAUCGCCUGCCCGCAGCUGGCGCGCACCGUGCGGCGCUGCCUGCAGGGCGGGACCGACCACGGCCCCCAGCCCCUCCUGCUCGAGUUGGCGCCCGGUCCUGGAAUUUUGACUCAAACUCUGCUGGAUGCAGGUUUUAGAGUGGUAGCUCUGGAAAGUGACUCAGAUUUUCUUACAGACUUACAGUCCCUAGAGAAYAGCCUGGAUGGACAGUUAAAGGUGAUUUCUGGUGACUUCUUUAAACUGGAUCCUUUGACAAAAGGAGCAUUGAAACCACCUGCAGUGUCUUCUGACAAACUUUUUGAAACCAUGGGUAUAGCAGCAGUUCCUUGGAGGGCAGAUGUUCCUGUGAAAAUUUUUGGAAUUGUGCCACAACAAUCAGAAAGGAAGAGACUUUGGAGACUUCUUUUCAACAUGUAUGAAUGCAGUUCCAUAUACAGAUAUGGAAGAGUAGAACUCAACCUUUUUAUAAGUGAAAAAGAGUAUACGGUAUUAACAGCAAAGCCUGGGGAGCCGAAAAUUUAUCAAGCAUUUACUGUACUUGCACAACUAGGRUAUGAAAUUAAACUACUGCAUAAGGAACCUUGGUCAUCAUUUGCAACUAAUUUGAAAAAUGGGGGACUGGCGAUACCAAAAACUGUGCAGCUGCCAAAUGACCAUUUGUGUUUGGUACAACUGACUCCUCAGCAAAAUCUAUUUACAGGAGGCUUGAAGCCCUCAAAUGCAACCACCUUUAUUUUCAUGGUGAAACAGUCAUUUGCUAAACCUAAUUCUAAACUUAGAGAUAGAUUAAAUUCGUGGAGCUUGGACAAUAGUGACAGAUUACUGAAAGCCCUAGAAAUUCCCAAAAAUGCUGCAAUGCGUAACUUGUAUCCAGAAGACUAUAAGCGUCUUUUCGAGGCUUUGCAAAACUCUGAUAUGUUUGCUGAAACCUUGUUCCACGAUGAAGUCAUGGCAAGUACAAGGGCCAUGAAUGUAUAUAUCUAAAGCUUUUGGAAGAUCAUUUUUGCUUCUGGAAGAUUACUUUAAUAAGAAAUGAUUUAAAUAAAAUCGGAGAUACUGUUAGCUAAAUGAUUCCCUGUCCAAACAGGGAAAAUUUAGCAGGUAACUACAGCCCUUCUACACAGGGUGAAAGUAAUGAAUUCACAGUUAUUUGUUCACAAUCCUAUCAGAAUGGACAAGCUUUGCAACUUCGCAGGAGUUUAUUAGUUGCAUGCUGCUUUUGGAUGUACCACGUGAAUGCAAUUUUUUGUCACACUGUUGYUCUAUAUGGACAACAGUAAAAAAAAAAUUAGCAGACCAAAUAGUAAUUUAUCUGGUUUGUAUUUUAGUGCUUAGUGGUGUGAAUGCCCUUUUGACAGAUUGACAAAUACAAAGGUCUUUACAACCACUAAGUCUACUACAUUGUCUGCUUUUCUAAACUUGCAGCCUUAAGUCAACAUAAUGCUAAUAAAUUAAUAGAGGUCUGUUAAUAGAAGACGAGGUAAUGACCAGGUGAUUAAACAUUAAUGGAGAGUUGCUUUAAGUCAAAAUUGGGAUAUCUCUGGGGAAAAGCUGUAACAGUUAUUUCUUUUGAAAAUAAUAGGGGUCAACCUGUACUAGUUUAUAAUGCAGUACACAAACACCUAUGUGUGUAUAGGGAUUAUUUUAGAUCUGAAAGUCACCAGAAUAUUCAGUGCUGUAUAAAUGAUUUGGAAAAAAUAAAAUCAUUUUACUUGAAACAUUUGCC